UAAUGUACCAUCAAACACAAGUUAAAUUUUUCGGAUAAAAAACAAGGAGCUAAAUUUAAAGAAAAACUUCUAGCGUUCAAUUGUGGAACAAUUUUAGCCACGGAUUUGUGAACCGAAUGGAUAAUCUACCAUUGAAUUUAGAAACAGCAGACCUUUGAUGUUAUAUUUGGAUGGUCCGGAGCACGUUGGCUUAUGUGAAGGAAAUCAGACCAAUGAAGUGGGGAUAUCAAAUUAACUUGCACCGACAGCGCCAGGACUGACGGAUUCUUUCAUUAUAACAUUUGAAUUAUGCUCGCAAUUAAUAGUUUAUCAAAUUAAAAUAAUUUCUCUGCCGUAUUUUCCAAUGCAUACUCGUUAGUGAGCUACGAAAAGUUUAAACUGCAGGGUAACAGAGAAAGAUAUAUGCCUCUCAAGUUGUAGAGUGGGUUACUUCACUGAUGUAUUUAGUCUCUUCCAAGAACGAUUCACAGAACGCACAGGUGACUUUCACCAUCCUUUGACAAACUCGAAAUAUUGCGUCUAGAACGAAGGAAUAUCCAUACAAUUUGUUUGACAAUUAUUGAGCCCACAGACAUAUCAAAACAUGACUGAAAGAACAGCAGAUGAGCAUUCUGAUGACUUUAAAGCUCUAAUCUCGGCAGCCUUAAAUGGACAUCUUGACGUACUUAAGUAUCUCAUUGGUCAAGGAGCACAGGUUGAGAGAGGUGAUGAUAAUGGUACGACUCCACUUCUUGCUGCAUCAUACAAUGGUCAACUUGACGUAGUUGAGUACCUCGUUGGUCAGGGAGCACAAAUUGAAACUUGUGAUAUUCUGGGUGAGACACCUCUUCACCUUGCAUCACGCAAUGAUCAUCUUGAUGUAGUUAAGUUUUUCAUUGGUAAAGGAGCACAGAUUGAUAAGCCUGCUAAACGUGGUACGACGGCUCUUCUCUCUGCAUCAGGUGCAGGUCAUCUUGACGUAGUUGAGUACCUCGUUGGUCAAGGAGCACAGGUCGAGAGAGGUGAUAAUGAUGGUCAGACACCUCUUCACUGUGCAUCACGCAAUGGUCAUCUUGAUGUAGUUGAGUACCUCGUUGGUCAAGGAGCACAGGUUGAUAAGCCUUCUAAAUCUGGUAUGACGGCUUAUAUCCUUGCAUCAGGUAAUGGUCAUCUUGAAGUAGUUCAGUACCUCAUGAGUAAACGAACACAGAGGAAAGAAGCAUCACCUGAAGACUCGGAACCAAAGGCAAAGAGGAUGAAAACCGAAGAGACGACUGAACCUGUGACGGAUGACACACCAAGUACAAGUGGUCAAACACAUGGAUUCGAUGACGUCUUCAAAGUAGCAGAAACCAUAUCAGAUGAUGGUGCUUUAAGGGGACUUGGUCAUGACCUGGGAGUCCGGAUUACUGGAGAUGAUACUGAAAAUAUCGAGGGAAACGACGACCAACUGACAUAUCUCAAACAUGACGCGAGGAGCAAUCGGGGUAAUAUUCCCUUCCGUGGUCUUUCGGCACCGCCUGAGAUCCUCGCUCGGGGGCCGAGAGCACGGCGAGCGUAUGCCGAGGCAGCUCAAGCUGGCACGAAGAAAGUAUUCCGAACACGCCUGAUGCUUGUUGGACAAGAACGUGUUGGAAAGACAAGUCUAAAGAAAACUCUUACAGGACAAAGAUUUGAUGAAAAUGAGGCAAUAACGAACGGUGUAGAAACAACAAGCGCAUGUGAAAUUUGUAUCGAGGUUGCAAAGGUUGGCGAGAAAAUGUGGUCAAUCCACAACAAAGGGCAUGGGAAUGAACAUACAAAAGAGGAUGAAUAUAGUAAAGCUAUUGCGGAUGACAUAGCAAAGAGGCUGAUCGCGACCCCACCACAGGAUCAAGCAAGUUUGGAACCACACAGCGAUGAUACUCGCAUCAGAGGCCUGCAUCCUGAAGAAGCAGGGGAUGAAUAUGUUAAAGCUCAUGUGGAUAAAAAAGCAAAGAAGAUGUCCAUGACCUCAACACAGAAUCAAGAAAGUUUAGAACCACACAGCGAUACUACUCUUGCCAGAGGCCUGAAUCCUGUAGAAGCAGAAAGACUUGUCUUGGAUAAGGUGGAGGCACCCAAGGCUAAAAAGGAGGAUGACAAUAUGCCAAAUCAAAUAGCAAGUCUGGUGGAGAGAAUGCUUAAGAAGCAGGUUCACCUAAAGGAGAUAGGAACAGACAGUACUGAUAGCGCUAGAGAAGAAAGGGUCUCACUAAGUAUAUGGGACUUUGCCGGACACGACAUAUACUACACAACCCAUCAGGUGUUUCUGACAUGGCGAGCCAUUUAUGUGAUAGUCUUUGAUCUCAGUAGAAGUUUGGAUUCGGUCGUUCCUCCUGAAUCCAGGGACAAGUAUUAUGAAAUGGCUAAAGGAGGUGCACAAUCAGAACUGACAUGUCUAGAGUUCAUCAAUUUCUGGUUGUGUUCCAUCUUCGCCCAUGCUGUGGCGCCCUCUUCGGCCAGGAAUAAGGAUACGUCUAAAACCGCUCAGAAAUCUCCACCAAUAUUCAUCGUUGGAACCCAUCGAGACAGUGUGCAAGGAAACGCAAAAGAGAAAAAGGAAAAAAUUGGCUUUGCCUUUGGGAAGAUCCGUGAAUCGAUCAUGAAGAGACCGUUUGAAUGCCAUGUGGUCCCCAAGUAUUAUGCCAUUGAAAACAGCUUAGAGGACAAAGAUGAAGAGCUGGUCGUGUUGAGGAGACAUAUUGAGAAAGUAGCGAUGGAAGAGCCUUACAUGGGAGAAGAGAUUCCACUUAGAUGGCUCUUAUUUGAGGAAGCUCUAGCUGCAGAUAGAAUCAAUUACAUGUCAUUAGAUCAGACCAAGGAACUGACGCAGCCAUUCGGGAUGGAAUCAGAGCGUGAACUUCUCACGAUGCUGACCUUCUACCACGACCUGGGUUACGUAGUCUACUACGGAGGCGUUGAAGACCAGCAAUCUCUUCUACGAGACAUGGUGAUCCUAAAUCCUCAGUGGCUAAUUGAUGUCUUCAAGCAGGUCAUAACCAUCCUGGAUCCUGCAGAAAGGGACGGGAUUAUGAGUGAUGCUUGGGCCACUCUUGAGAAGGAUGGUAUCUUAGAGGAUAGGUUGAUUCAGCAUAUACGGCAAGGCUCCUUGGAGCAAAAUGAGGCCUUAGUCAAGCUUAUGGCCAAGUUUGAUCUCAUCUGUGAGGCUCCUGUAGAACGACUCCAGCAAGAGCAACAGGAUGGAGUCGACACUCAGGUAUCAAAUGCAACAGGGAAAGUGGUAAAGAAGCGCUACUACGUUCCUUCCAGGCUGACGUCCCAUUGCUCCCCAGAAGAGAUUGCACUGAUUAAAUCUUCUACAGAAUUCUAUGUGGACUUCAGGGGCUUCUUAACAGAUGGGCUGUUUCAUCGGUUGAUGACGAGAGCAGUCAGAUGGAUGGGUGAAAGAGAUGGACAACCAGUGAAUCUUUUCUAUCGUCACAUCAGUCUAAUGGUUGAUGAAGAGCAUCAUGCCUUACUAGAGAUGCUACCUCCUCGUGAAGCAACUAUCAAGGUCACUGUAUUCAAAGGAACGUUUGCUGAUUCUGAUCAUGAUGGGGAUAACCAUCAACCUCCAGCCCCAAGUGCUGUCAAAGAGGUGAUGGACUUUGUAACAGAAACCCUUGAUAGCCUUAUUCAGCACUGGGCUAGAAGGAUCGAGUAUGAUGUCCGCUUCAUGUGCCCGAGACCGAACUGCAGUGAGAAGAAAGCGCUUAAAGACUGCAAGGGAAUGUCACUCAAGUGUGGACUACAUAACAUCCGUACGGCUCCAAUCAAGUUUAAGUUUGGAAUAACCAAGCCAUCACUAGGGAACACAACUUCCACAUCUCCGAGACCGUUGGCAUCUACAGUAGUCGACAUUCCUCCUCAAGGAGCAUCAGCAGCAGUCGGUGAAGUUCUUACGUCUACAGCAAGGAGUCAUCUCGAACGGGAAGAUGAUUUUGAUGACAUCUUGAAAAACGUGGCGCGUCUCAUCCCAGACAACACGAAAAUAGACUCUCUCGGCAAGGCCCUUGGUUUUGAUCCAGCCGAAAUUGGGAGGUACAUAGCCACGAAUACCCAUUAUCAGCAUGUGACGUAUGAGGGUACAUUGAAGAUGCUCCGCGAUUGGCGAGAUAACCAGACAGAUGCAGAAGAACGACCAGCUCUCGCAGAUGCCUUGAAGCUGGCAGGGCUUGAAAGACUUACAGACAUGUUCUCGAGGAAUUCUAAGGUUCCAGAUCUCCAAACCGGAAUAACUCGAGCAUCACUAGUGAACACAAAUUCCACAUCUCCGAGACCGUCAACGUCGGCAUCCAAAGUAGUCGACAUUUCUCUUCAAGGUGCAUCAGCAGCAGUCGAUGUAGUAUCUACUUCUACAUCAAGGGAAGUGAGCGACGAAAUGCUAAAUACAUUGGCACAAGAAAUUCCAUGCGACGACUACUACAAGUUUAGCGCAAAGCUUGGAAUCAAGCGAAUCAAGGCCAAGAACAUUCUCGCAGAGUGUCUCAACAACUAUGAGAAGGCAACGAGUGAAUGCAUUGCGAAAUGGAGGAUUAAAUCACCCCGUACUGUGGCUGACUUACACGAAGCUCUGAGAGAAGCUGAAUUAGAGACUUUAAUUGUUUACUGUAAUUAA